AUGGCAACGACACUUGGUUGUCCAGAAUUUUUUAAGAAACCCGAAGAACUAGCAAAACGUACAGAAAAGUAUUUUCAUAAAAUUGUAAGCAAACCAUCUGUUACCGCGCGCUAUUUUGACGCCGGAGAUAAUGUUAAGGCCGAUCGAUACAGGUUGCGUCCUUUGGAAGGCUGA